AUGGCAAGCAUCAAUAAGACCGAUGAUAAAAUACAUGGUUUCGACAUUGUAGAGGCCAGCAUCCAGGACCACCUCGAUGCCCUCAAUUCGGGCAAAACAAGCAGUGUCGACCUAGUCGUUGCAUAUCUAAACCGUAUUGCCCGCUACGACACAUGCAAAGGCCUCGGUGCCUUUACUGUAUUCAACAACAAUGUCCUUGAAGAAGCAGCAGCCUCUGAUGCACGUCGCGCACAGGGUUUGGAGCCACGACCCCUGGAAGGCAUACCCUACACGAUCAAAGACAGUUACAAGGUCGUUGGGAUGACGGCAACUGCAGGAUCCCCUGCACUCAAAGGUGUCAUGUCAAGUGAGGACUCUGCAAUUGCAAAGAAGCUGCGGGAUGCAGGAGCGGUUCUGAUUGGCAAGACAAACAUGCCUCCUAUGGCUGCGGGGGGUAUGCAACGCGGAAUGUAUGGUCGCGCAGAAUCGCCUUAUAAUUCAAAGUAUCUUACAGCAGCCUUCUCCUCUGGUUCCUCGAACGGAGCAGGAACCUCGGUAGCGGCAAGCAUGGGGGCAUUCGGUAUGGGCAGUGAGACUGUUAGCAGCGGGCGCAGUCCAGCUUCAAACAAUGCCCUCGUCUGCUACACGCCAUCCAAAGGACUACUGAGUUGCCGGGGACUGUGGCCGUUGUAUGUCACGUGCGACGUGCCCACACCGUAUGCGCGCUCAGUUAGUGAUAUGCUGGAGAUUCUGAAUGUGAUUGCUACACCGGACCAAGAUACAACAGGAGACUUUGUGCGAGAACAAAAGCAUGUGCCAAUACCCCAGCCCCCUCGGAUAGACUACACGACUCUGCGCAGUGCUCAAGCAUUCAAAGGAAAACGGGUUGGUGUUCCAAAAAUGUAUGUCGGCCAGAAAGACUCGGAUCCAUACGCAAAGCCUGCCUAUAUUUCACCAGAGGUCAUUGCACUGUGGGAAAACGCAGCCAAAACUCUUCAAAAUCUAGGCGCAGAAGUCGUUUACACCGACUUUCCCCUCGUUACAAAUUACGAAAACGACUCUGUAUCCGGUGAAGCCAACAACGUACAAGGCCAACCAGCAAACUGGAACCUCAUGGAGCGCAGUAUCCUCAUCGCACAAGCCUGGGACGCCUUUCUCGUGCAAAACAACGACGCUAGGAUUAAAUGUCUAGCAGACAUUGAAGAUUCGGCAAUGCUAUUCCCCAAGCCCCCAGACUACAAACCCGACACCUUUCUCGAAGUCCGCAACUGGAUCGAUUACGCCGGUCUCCCCAAGCUCGUUCAAACCAACAGUAUCCACGAGGUGGAGGGCUUAGAACAAGCUCUCAAGGCGCUCGAAGCCCAGCGCAAACGCGAUCUCGAAGACUGGAUGGCUACUCACAAGCUAGACGUCGUUGCAUUCCCCGCCCAAGGCGACGUCGGCCUCGCAGAUCUAGAAUUCAAUCUCGGUAGCACAACGCACAGCCUGCGCAACGGCGUCAAGUACUCCAACGGGAAUCGUGCGAUUCGCCACUUGGGCGUGCCGACCGUCAGCGUGCCCAUGGGCGUCAUGGCCGAAAAGAAGAUGCCGGUUAAUCUUACGUUUGCGGGCCAGGCGUAUCAGGAUGGAAAGUUGUUCGAGUUUGCGUAUGCGUUUGAGACAGCGACGAGGGCGCGGGUUGCCCCGCCGCUUACGCCGGGGGUGCCGACGGAUAUUGCUGCGACGGCGGUGACGGCUGAGGCGGCGGCUGAACCGGUGGUAGCGGGUAUUGAUGUCAAGGCGGAUGGGCAAUCAACUUCUGGAAAUGCUUCAAUGGUAGUGCAUGGUACGCUGCACAACGCUGUGUCACAAACCAGUAUCCAGGUUUUCGUGGAUGGACAACGAGUAGCCGAUUUGACUACGGAUAAUAUCGAGUGGUCUGUUACGCAUAGCCAUGUGCCCGAGAGACCACCAAUUCUAGGCUGGGACCUUCAACCGUUGCCGCCUAGGGAUGUCAUGGUUCUCGUUGUUGUGACGAGAAAAGGUAACGGCGAGGGAAGUGGAAAGAGAGAGGCUAGAUUGCUUUGGGUGCCGUUGGAGAAAUAG